AUGGCGAGCCAGGACCCCGCCAACUCUUCCCAUGCUGCCUUUGACCACUUUGUCCAAGCCCAGACUUGUGAGGAUGUUCUGCACCACUUUGCUGAGCUCUGCAGUCUGCUGGAAAUCGACCCAAAGGACUUCAGGAGAUUCUACGGAAAGCUGAAGGAACGGCUGAACUACUGGAAAGCCAAAGCUCUGUGGACGAAGCUGGAUAAGAGGGCGUCUCACGCUGAUUAUGAGCAAAGAAAAGCCUGCGCCAAGAACAAGUGUCUUGUGUUGGGUGCUGGACCGUGUGGUCUGAGAGCAGCCAUUGAGCUGUCCCUGCUGGGGGCUCAGGUGGUCGUGGUUGAAAAGAGGAAGACGUUCUCCAGGAAUAAUGUUCUCCACCUGUGGCCUUAUACCAUCUCUGACCUCCGCGGGCUCGGCGCUAAGAAGUUCUACGGCAGAUUUUGCUCCGGUUCUCUGGAUCACAUCAGCAUCCGUCAGCUGCAGUUGAUUCUGCUGAAAGCGUUACUUCUCCUCGGGGUGGAGGUGCACACUGAAGUGGAGUUUCAGGCCUUGAUUGAGCCCUCGGGAGACAACGGCUGGAUGGCUAAGCUGCACCCUGAGUCUCAUCCUGCUGCAUCCUUCCAGUUUGAUGUUUUUAUCUCUGCUGGAGGAGGCAGGUUUGUCCCUGAUGGAUUCAAGCAUAAGGAGAUGAGGGGCAAACUGGCCAUUGGUAUCACAGCCAACUUCAUAAACAGAAACACGGCUGCUGAGGCUCAGGUAGCAGAAAUCAGUGGCGUGGCUCGCAUCUAUAACCAGAAGUUCUUCCAGGAUCUGCACACUAAGAUGGGUAUCGACUUAGAGAAUAUUGUCUACUAUAAAGAUGACACCCACUACUUUGUCAUGACUGCCAAGAAGAAGAGCCUCCUGAAAAAAGGGGUCAUUAAACAGGACCGUAACAAUGCAGAGGAGCUGCUUGCGCCUUCAAAUGUGGACCAUGAUGCUCUGUGUCAUUACGCCCAUGACGCUGCCCACUUCUCCACAGGCGGCAAAUUACCUGACCUUCAAUUUGCUGAGAACCAAGUCGGCCAAGCAGAUGUGGCCAUGUUUGACUUCACCUGCAUGUACCGUGCUGAGAAUGCCUCGUUAGUGAGGGAGAGGAGGGGCAAGAAGCUGCUAAUGGGUCUUGUUGGAGAUUGCCUGGUGGAGCCUUUCUGGCCUCUGGGCACGGGUAUCGCUCGAGGUUUCCUUGCAGCUUUUGAUGCAGCGUGGAUGGUGAGGAGCUGGGGCAUGGGCAUCCCUCAUCUGAAGGUCAUAGCUGAGCGUGAAAGUCUGUACCAGCUUCUCUCUCAAACCACACCAGAGAACACCAGCAAAAACUACACUGCUUACAGCAUCAACCCCUCCACACGGUACCAGAGGGCCAAUCUCUCCUCCAUCAAGCCCAACCAGGUGCAGCACCUGUAUGAUGUUGACAAGUCCAAUACAUCGAGCAGCAAACAGAAGAACAGAUCUUGUGUGCGUCAAGAUUCAACUAGUGGGUUUGAGGAGUUGCUGAAGUGGUGCCAGACACACACAGCAGGUUACCAGAAUGUGAAUGUUAAAGACUUUACGCAGUCCUGGAGAUCCGGAUUGGCUCUGUGCGCACUAAUCCAUCACUUCAGACCUCACCUCAUUGACUUCUUGUCCUUGGAUGAUUCCAGUGGUGUUUGCAACAUCCAGCUGGCCUUCAGUAUCCUGGAGAAGGAGCUGGGUAUCCCACCCGUCAUGUCUCCUAGUGAUGUAGCCAACAGCGGUCAGAUAGACAAACUGUCUAUGGUUCUCUACCUCUCCCAGGUCAAAAAUGCGUUCAGUGUGCCAGAAACAGAACCUUCAACCUCUGUGCCUUCGUCCAAAUCUUUCUCUCUCUCACGGACACAGGCGGCUGUGUUUUUCCUGAGCAAGCUGAAGCACAACUCCCUGCAGCGACGCAAGGAAAACCUGGUGGCUAAGAGACAUUCAAAAGGUAGCAAGAAAAGGAUGGGAGAUGAGGACAGUACGGCAGCACCUUCUGUGUCCCCUGAUCGCCACCCCGCACCUGCUCCUUGUCCUGAGCCCGACCCUGGUACUGGUGCGUCGAUGACGAACAGUGAGGAGUGUUACUUCUGUAGCCAGAGGGUCUACGUGCUGGAGCGCAUCAGUGCUGAGGGCAAGUUCUUCCACCGGAGCUGCUUCACCUGCCAGAAGUGUGGAAUCACACUCCGACUGGGAGGAUACACCUUCAACCAGACCACAGGGCAUUUCUACUGUGAGCUGCACUCUGAAGAUCUGGAGCUUGAAAACGGGAUGGAAACAUCUUCCUUUGAGGGUAUUGAAAGAAAUGAAAAAGACGCUAAUGAAGAGAACGAGAUCUCCAUUGAUGAUUAUACAGCAUCUGAUGAGGAGUAUGAGCACACGCUGGACUCUGGCCCUUCUGUACACACACAGUCACAUGCAGAAAAUGAUCCCCACAGACAGGAAACCAAAGAUGGAAAAGAGGAACCACUUAAAACAAAACCUCUCACAGACUCUACAUCUAAAAGUGAGGUCCGAGAACUCGUUAAAGAGGAGGCAGAGGAGUUUCAACCCUCAGUGCCUCACCCCAUCCCCAAGCCACGCCUUUCCCGGCAAACCCCGCCCAGCCCGCAACCCUCACCUCCAACAGCAAAACCUCGAACGAUCCACCUUAUUAGUCCUUCAACCCCAGAAAAAAGUUCAUCUCCGACCCCCACGCAGGAGACUGCGAUCUUCACAGGAGCAGCAGACUCCCGUCCAAAGCAGUCACUGCGAAAGCUGCAGCUGUCUGAAGAACAGAAAAGUCAGCUGAUGAAUCUUCACAGCUUCAGUGCAGACUCUGAUUCAGAGACACCUGGCGGGUCCUCCUCCUGCUCCUCUUCAUCAGCGACAGCAGGAGGACCAAACCCUCUGAAACAGGAGGCUCUGGAUGGGCAAGAAGAAGAAGGAUACUGGAGUGGGAGUACCGCUGGUCACAUCUGGGAAAAGAGGAAUCGACGAUGCUUCAAGAGAAAAGAGAUGCCCAGCGGGCAGACGAAAGUCCGAUCGAAGUUCUCCCCGUGGAACCUCUCUUCACCGAGAAUCAGCAGAGAUGGCAGGCUCAGUGUCCAUAGCAAUCACCCAGACAGAGGCGACACACCACUGAGACACAUACGCAGCACCUCAGAAGAGGGCGCUGACGAUGACGACGACGAUGAUGAUGAGAUGUUUGAGCGGGAUGAUAUCGAUUUAUUUGAAGAGAAAUUUCAGACGAUACCAUCAGAUCCUGUUGAGGCUGAAAAGUUGGAACUGAUGAAGAUGCGGACACUGGAGCGACGAGCCAAGAUGAGCGAAUUACAGCGUUUCCGCAAAGCCCAGUCCAUCCAAAGGAGACUGGAGGAGAUUGAGGUCAACUUCAAGGAGCUGGAGGAUAAAGGCGUGGUGCUGGAGCGAACUUUGCGGGGAGAACCUGGCACUAACGGGUGUCCGGAUAUGAUUGAACAGUGGAUCCAGCUCGUCCACCAGAAGAACGCAUUGGUGUCGGAGGAGUCUGACCUCAUGGUGGCGUCUCGACAGCUGGAACUUGAAGACAAGCAGAGCAUGUUGGAGAUGGAGAUCAGGAAGUACAUGGAGCUGAGUGUCAAGACACCAGAGCAACAAGCAGAAGAAGAGCAGGUCCUUCAGCAGAUGAUUGACGUGGUGCACAUGAGAGACUCACUGGUGGCAUUUCUGGACGAGAAGAGACUGAAAGAAAUCAGUGAGGAGCAAGAAGCUUUCUCCAUCAAAGAGGCCAAACGCCACUCAAAGACAGGAGCGCAGGUUCACUGGGAGUAACGUUUUCCAUGUGCACCUGCUCUGCUCCAACCUGUGACUUGCUGCUUUCAGACAUGGAUUAAAUUAAACUUUAUUUCAAAGCCAAAGAUGAGACAGCAUUUUUGUGGAAGAUACCGAGUGAUGAUUUAAGGUGCACAAGAUGAAUGGCGAGCAGUUACAGUUUGUCCUUUAGAUGGAGACAAACCUACAGAUCUUUGUUGUGGUAAUUGUGGGUUUCCAGCAGCAGGAUUUAUGUUUUUCUGCAGCACCACGGUACAGCAGAUUAUUGUUCCCGAGUCUGGGCUUGGCCCGGUUUGUCGUCACAAACAUUUGAGUGUAAUGCACAGCAGAGGAGCAACAAACCUGCAGACGAUCGCUGUGAAGCCUUUCAGAUCUGAAGUGAAACGCAGAAACUCGUAGCAAUUUCACAUUGCUUUUACUUGUCAUCGUCACCGCAUCAUAGAGUGUACGCGUGCACGCUAAAACAUGCAUUCUGUGUUUAAUACCUGUAUAUGGAAUAUGUUAAAAAAAAAAAAAAAAGACGGUGGUUUUAAGAACAAAGAGGUAGUUUAAAUUUCAGAAUAGUAAAAUUCCGCUAUUAACAUUUCUGUUUUAUUUUUAUUGACCAGUUUUAGAUUCCGUUAUGGAUUUGUAGUGUUUCAUGCUGUUCACCAUGCCAUUUUCUUAUGAUUGGUUGGAUAGAUGGUCUCAGGGGUUGAUGCUUCUGUUCUGCAGAAUCAGACUUGAUGGCCUUCAGGAGCUGACUGCUUGAGAAGCAGAACUGUAUUAUGGGAACACUGAGGAUUUGAGAGAGGACAGAUUAGGCCGACUGGUUAAUCUAUUUAUAAAUGCCGUCUUUUAUCGUUUGUAGGUGUUCCUCUUCAUGUGUUGGUGAAACAGCCAAAUUUGAAGAUGAAAACCAGCUUGUCAUUAUAUGUCCAUUGUUCAGUUGCCACUCUGUGCCACCUGGACAGCACUUCACAGUAUAUCAAAUAAAGAACAUGCACUUUGAUGUUUUAUUUUGGAUC